UCCUCGCCUUCUGAUGCACAGCAGCCUGAGUGUGAACAAAUUUAGAAGAACAGCAGAAUCUAAACCCCUGGAGUGAGCAGAGAGAAGCCAGAUAAGGUUGUCCCAGCGGCUGGUUUGGUUAAAGCAUUUGACAACAUCCAUCCUGGUUCUCUUGGCAGAUUUGGCUGUGGAAAAAGAAUCUCAAGGUCUAAACUGCCAAACCUGUUUUGGUAUCACCUGGCCAAGAAGUUUGUUUUCAAAAGACAACCUGCCAUGAAUCGCUUUUUUCCCCAAAAGUCAGAGAGGCUUUCUGAUGCUGUAAAAUCUAACAGCACACUGGUGAAACCACAGAUUGGAACACUGAAUCUCUACACAAUUCCUUUAAAAGAGGAGAAAAUCAAAAUAGAUGGCUGCAAGUUCUACAGUUAUGGGAAAGCUGGUCCCAAACAACAAAGUCGCACCAUCAUGGUUCUCGGAGCCACUGGUGCAGGGAAGUCAACUCUGAUCAAUGGGAUGAUAAAUUACAUUCUAGGUGUUAAAUGGGAAGACUCUUAUCGGUUCAAGUUAGUGGAUGAAAAUCUAAUGAAAUCUCAAGCUCACAGUCAAACCUCAGAGGUAACUGUGUACAAACUCAAUUACAGGGAGGGAUUUCAGGUCCCCUUCUCUUUGACCAUUAUUGAUACUCCAGGCUUUGGAGACACCAGAGGCAUAGACAGAGACAGGGAGAUCACACAGCAGCUCCAAAACCUCUUCACUAGCAAGGACGGGGUCAGUGAAAUAGAUGCUGUGUGCUUUGUAGCCCAGGCUGCUUUAGCCCGUCUCACACCAUCACAGAAAUAUGUCUUUGACUCCAUUCUCUCCAUCUUUGGUAAAGAUGUAGCAGAGAACAUCAGGAUCCUGGUGACGUUUGCAGAUGGUCAGAAGCCACCUGUUCUGGCAGGGAUCAAAGAGUCAGGCGUUCCUUGUCCUAAAGAUGCAAAAGGUCUGCCGGUUCACUUCAAAUUUAACAACUCUGCUCUGUUUGCGGACAAUAAAUCUUCUGCAGCGGACAACCUGAGCGGAGACGAUGAUGAAGAAAACUUUGAUAAGAUGUUUUGGAACAUGGGAACAAAAAGCAUGAAAAGGUUUUUUGCUGCUCUGAAUCAAAUCGAAACCAAAAGCUUGGUUCUCACCAAGGAGGUCCUAAGAGAAAGAAAACAGCUGGAGGUUUCAGUUGAGAAUCUGCAGAUUCAGGUUAGACUUGGUUUAGCCAAACUGGAGGAGAUCAGGGAGACGAGAGCAAAACUUAAGGAGCAUGAAGCAGAGAUCAGUAGAAAUGAGAACUUUGAGUUUGAUGUCCCCAUAAAAAGGCCUAAACAAGUCAAUAUUGCUGGUUCUGGGGAAUACAUCACCAACUGUCAGCAGUGUCAGGUCACCUGUCACUAUCCUUGUGGAAUACCAAAUGAUGCUGAUAAGAAAGGUUGUUGGGCGAUGGACGGCAAUGGUUACUGCCAUCAGUGCAAAGGGAAAUGUUACUGGAAUGUCCAUUUCAAUCAAAAGUACAGAUGGGAAUAUGAAGAUGUUGUAGAGAAACGAACAGUGAAAGAGCUGAAAGAAAACUAUGAAAAAGCCACAGGGCAGAAGAUGACUGUUGAGGGACUGAUGAGGGAACUAAAGGGUGAAUAUGAUAUCAUGGAGAAUGAGGUGAACAACUUGAUGGCGAAGUCGGCCAAGUGUCUGAACAGACUGAAGGAGAUAGCGCUGAAGCCCAAUCCUCUCUCCACUCCAGAGUACAUUGACAUGCUCAUUGAAGGAGAGAAACAGGAGGCCAAACCGGGCUGGAAACAACGGGUCGAGUCACUGAUGAAAAUGAAACAAAAAGCAGAGUACAUGGCUAAAGUGGAGAAAGGAGAAAAACCUCUAAUACGUGAAGCAUCAAUUGAUGUUACCCCUUAAAUUGAGGUUCUUUCAAAUUCAAUCAGAUUAAACAGAUUGGGUCAGAUUAUACAAAUCGGUCAAAAAAUUGUCCUAUGUAAGGAAACCCAGUAGAUUGCAUCAAGUCUUGACAAGCAUCAUUCACUCAUCCUGAAGAAGCGUAGAGCCAAAGUGACCAGAGUACGAAACUAAAUACUUAAUUUAGUAGUUUCUCCUGAUACCAUUGUAUUGAUAGAAGGCUGUUUUUCUGUCAUGAUUCUCUGUUCAAAAUAAAACUAACAAUUUUAUGAGAACUGGGAA